AUGGCAAGCACAAGCAGAGAUCGAGACAAAGGGCGUAAAUGUUUAAGUGGCAACCAGAAACGAGCACUGGUCAAGGCUAAGGUAGCUGAAAAUGAAAAACAUAGAGGUGCUCUCAAAAAAUUCCUUGUCACUCCAUCUUUGAAGCGCCCAUGUAUUGAGGAUGAAGAAAACAAAAACUAUUCAGAAAAUGACGAUAUAGCUUUGAGUCCAAUUACAGUUGAUAAAUACAAUGAUGACAUUGAUAACAAAUUAGAAAAGGAUGACGCAGCUGUGAAUCAAAUUGAAGAUGAUCUCAAUGCACCAGAAGACAAUGCCAAAGCAGAAAGCUUACUUAUGACCGGAGAAAAACAAGAACAAACAUCAUGCAAUGGUAGAUCAUCCAUGAGUACAGUUGUAAUUAACAUGUAUGAUGACCCAACCAGUUGGCCAGCAGAUAUAAAUAAAAAUCACUGGCAGCAAGUAUUCAAAAGGUUAGUAGCAAUAGUGCAGUUUCUUGCUGAGAGAAAUUUAGCAUUUAGAGGAACAAAAGAAAAUGUUGGUAAUGAGAGUGUGCACAAUGGAAACUUUUUAGGUCUUGUGGGGCUGCUUGGAAAGUUUGACCCUGUUCUUGAUACACAUUUGCGAAAAAUCAAAACCCACGAAAUUCAUAAUCACUAUUCAACAAAAAGGUGGGCAGUUUUAAAAAAACAUGUACCCGGGUUAUCAGUUAAACCCUUGAGCAAUACAAGGUGGGAGUGUCGGAUAGAUAGUGUUAAAGCUAUUCGUUAUCAGGUUGGAGAAGUAUAUGAUGCACUUGUGGAAAUAUCAGAGAAAACAGAUGAGCCCAAGGUAAAAGCAGAAGCUGAAUCUUUAGCAAACCAGCAAAAAGACUACAAAUUUUUAGUUUCUUUGAUAUUUUGGUAUGAAGUACUUUUUAAAGUUAACUAUGUAAGCAAGCAACUACAAGGUGAAACAAAGGACAUUGAUGAAGGCAUGGAGUCAUUUGAAAAACUAUUAUCAUGGCUAAGAAUUUAUAGAGAGGAAGGUUUUAAUGAUGUUCUAGUAGUUGCAAAUGAAUUGGCUGAAUCUGUUGAAUUACCAUUGGAGUUUAGACAAUUUCAAGAAAAAAAACUACGUAGAAGGAAGAGAAUGUUUUCAUAUGAGACAAAAGAUGAACCUUUAGAUGAUCCAAAAGAAGCAUACAGACUUCAGUGCUUCAACUUAGUGCUAGACCAAGCUAUUCAGUCCAUGGAGUGUAGAUUUGAACAACUUAAAAGCCAUGUAAAAUUAUUUGGAUUUCUAAAUAACUUUCAAAGUAUACAGAAGGCGGAAAUAAGGAAACACACAGCAGACCUUGAAGCAGCUUUAACAGACACCACAAUAAAACAGAGCACUGAUGAAGAGGUAGUUACUGAAAAAACUAAAGACGUUGAUGGCUAUCUAUUGGCUGAAGAACUUGAAGCUCUGAAAACUUUUCUUCCCUCCAGUAUCAUUAAGCCUCGUGCUCUGUUUGAAUACCUGGUAGUAAACAAUCGAUUUACAGCAUUUCCUAAUGUUUUUAUUGCUUUGAGGAUUUACUUAACAAUGCCUGUAACAGUCGCAUCAGGUGAAAUAAGUUUUUCAAAACUAAAACUGAUUAAAACAUACUUACGGUCAACAAUUUCACAAGAGAGACUAAACAAUUUGGCAAUGAUAUCUAUAGAAAAUGAUAUUGCUAAAACCAUUGUCCUUGAAAAUAUUUUGAGAGACUUUGCAAAUAAAAAAGCCAGAAAUGUCUGUUUACAACAAGCGUCAGACUUCAAGCGGGUGAGGUGGAACGGUGGUGCACAUGAGAUUGCUUGUGCAAGGAAAGAGAAGAAUAACGUGAUUGUUGCAAUGAGGAUGGACUGCAGGGUAAUAGAGAGUAGAAGAAGAGCGAGUGACCAUUUUCAGCGUCAUCUUGUGGGAAUAAAACACCUGAAGCACUUUAUGAAGUGUGUUACUGUGUGCUUUGGGAGCAUCAAGCAUAUCCACAAUUGUUGUCAAAAAUUGUGUGACUGUUGGUAUCUAACAGGAAUCAUGCCAUCCAAUAUGUACACAGCAGGCUCCAAAAAUCAGCAUCAUAACAGUGACCAGCUGGGUCCCUACUUGAGUUACAUUGGGAAAACUGAAGAAUACCAGGAGAAUUUCAAUAAGUAA